AUGCGGGCGAGUCCUGUCUCUGGUCGAAGGUCGGGAAGACGGACGUGGGCCUUGGCACUGGCGAACGGUUGGGGGGGCUGUCCGGAUGGGGCGGCUGCCGCACAUGAGCACAGGUUACAGAGGAUCGCUGCCUAUUUUCAUAGUCAGCCGUGGUUCGUAAGUUCGUUGGACCGAAGUCUCUGUGUCCGUGAGGCCGUCAACCGCUUUCCGCUGGCGGAGCUAGGGCUAGCCGUGUUCAAGUUGAAAAGUGCGCAGGCGGAGUUGCUACCGCUGGUCCAAAGUGUCGUGAGUCAAUUGUCAGAUGUCAUUGUCCGACGGGUGCACGACCUGUUAGUGCCAGCUGCAACCCUCACGAAUUUUCACGGGAUUUUCUCUAAGCACUUAAAGACCGCCUGUGGAGAUGAAUCCGGAGCAAUCAUCCUCGCCCAAGAACAUGGUCUCCUACCUCACGACGAUCCGCCAGCGGACCAAGACGAGAAUUACCGAAGGAACGACGACCACCGAAGGAACGAAGACUGCUUGAGUGACCGAUGGGAAGAGUAUCUGUCCGGUAUCCCCCUGCCUCGAUUUCGCCAGCAGCAGGAGAGGGACUCCUCGCAGUUGCCUCGAACGCUGAAGAAACUAGUGGACGAAGUGGAGCAACAGAAGCGGGAGACGGAUCAAGUGGUGUGGGAAAUGAGUGGCAGGGUUGGCCCUUUGAUCGAGUACGUUGAGCUACCCACAGCUGAUGUUCAUUUUGCUGGUCGCGGAAGUUCUCCGUUUGCUCUGCGAGCUAGUGUGGGUCAGAGACAGUUGUGGGAAAACCAGCUGUAUUCCGUCAAUUUCUUCGGGGGGUCAGUUCCGGUGGAGGCGUCGACAGUGAAGCGCGCUAUCGAACAGACGCGAAAGAUGGAAGCAAAAAUGUUUUCAGAGCUCCGUCGGGUGCGGGAAGAGGUUGUGAGUCAUGCGGUGUUGUUGAGAGCGGUCGGAAUGGCUUUACAGCCGCGGCAUUUCGCAUCGGCCACGGCUGACGUGCGGUACUGCAGGGCAGCUGUGAUUACUUUCCUAAACUCACUAGUCGACGUGCAAGUCGGCGACGCGACGACUAGUCGAUUCUUUGGCAGCUUGCCUCAAGUCAACUACGAGUAUCUCCGGUGGUUGAGAGGUGCGCAGCAAAAGUUUGGGUCGAUACCAAAAGCAUUAGCCGCCGCACAUCAAUGGGUUAGCAACCCAUACCACGUAUGCGUUGUGAAGUAUCUCGAUAAAAGUGAACAGUUCAUGGCACUCACAACGGAAGAGAUUAAACAAAUAGAUGAAGCCAUCGUGAUUAGAGGCGACCUUCCAGACACUGUGGAGUUUCCGAUAAUCUCCGAAAAUGACUUGUUCGACAAAGUUCUAGAACCAGGCAAAUCUUCGCUUAGCCAGAACAAGAAACCAGCUGUGAAGGCAGCAGCACGGACAAAAACCUCCGCAGGUGGGCCAAAGGGAAUUCUCAAGAGGGAAAAGCCAAUACCACCCAUCACGACCACAAGAACAGAAAUUCGUGUAAACAAAGAAGCGAAGCGGACAGCUGCUAGAAAUGUGACGACGAGAAGAAACAACUCCACCUCAACUUUGUGCGAACGGCUGAAGCGAAUCUUUAAUUGA